GAGAGCGCGACCGAGCCGGAUUCUCUUCUUGCAGCACAAGAAGAAGAUACGGAGAAGAACUCGACUCCCGCGGCGUGCCGGAGCUCCCCUGCCUUUAAGCAAAGCCAGCCUCCCCCUUCCACCCCCAACCGCCCUCGGCAAAUCGGCAUCAGAACUCAGAGACCAGACCCCGAGUGAAUCUCGGAGCGGAGGCAGAUGGCCAGGUUCGACCCGUACGAGAACAACGGCGGCACGUGCGUGGCCGUCGCCGGCGCCGACUACUGCGUGGUCGCCGCCGACACCCGCCUCUCCGUCGGAUACAGCAUCCUGUCCCGCGACCACUCCAAGAUCGCCCAACUAGCAGACAAAUGUGUUUUGGCCUCAUCUGGGUUCCAAGGUGAUAUCAAAGCUUUGCAAAAGAAUCUGGCUGCCAAGGAAUUGGUUUAUGAACACAAUCAUAACAAGAAGAUGAGCUGCCCUGCAAUGGCGCAGCUGUUGUCGAACACACUCUACUACAAGAGAUUCUUCCCAUACUACGCGUUCAAUGUGUUGGGUGGACUGGAUAGCCAAGGUAAAGGAUGUGUCUUCACAUACGAUGCUGUUGGGUCUUACGAAAGGACAGGCUAUAGUGCUCAGGGAACAGGCGCAGCGUUGAUGAUGCCUGUUCUUGACAACCAGUUGAAAUCUCCUAGUCCUCUGCUACUGCCAGCUCGGGAUGCAGUGACACCAUUGUCUGAAUCCGAUGCGGUUGAUCUGGUGAAGGAUGUUUUCGCAUCAGCCACAGAACGAGACAUAUACACUGGAGAUAAGUUGGAAAUUGUGGUCAUCAACAGCUCCGGCACACACAGAGAGUGCAUUGAACUGAGGAAGGAUUAGUGCAGUGUUCCUAUAAAAUGGCACUACCAUGGUUCUUACAUAAGGAUAUUUGUUUUCACUGUCUGAUGUGUUUGAAUUUCCUCUAAAAAUAUAUGUAUUUGAAUUUCCAUUCUGUUGAUUCUAGGAGGAAGUUAUGACAAUUCAUCAUUUUAUAUUAUAUACUUAGAAGACAACUUUUCAAGUCUA